CUUCACUUGAAUUCACCUAUUUUAAAUAAGAUCGACAACAUGGCGCUCCUCCAAGGUUAUCCAAAAGCACGAGAUCGCUCCGGUCGAACCAAAGGUCACGAUUCCGCGACCCGGAUUUCCCGAAAAGCUUAUUUUAAAGCGGCGGGCCUCAACUUCUUGAUGCUACAAGUCCUCUUCCUAGGACUCUUCUGUUACAUCUUCGGUGCAAUAUUUCAGCAAGGUCCACAUACACACAAUCUCAACAUUGUCUUUGUUGAUUACGACAAUGGAGUCAUAGGUAGAUCGAUUCGGAAUGCAUAUGCAGAGUUACAGGCCGAUACCUUUCCAUCUCUUCAAGAACGACCAGCCGCGCAAUAUCCAUCACCCGAUCAAUUGACGAAAGCUGUGUGCAAGACGGACUUCUGGGCUGCCCUUUAUGUCGCCCCAGGUGCUAGCCAAAGAUUGGAGAAUGCUCUUGAUGGGAGCUCGUCGGCCGCAACUUACAACCGCUCAGAUGCGUUGACAUACAUUUGGAAUGAAGCGCGGUAUCCAACAGUCGCCGAUAGCUCACUCUCAGCCAACAUCGAAACCCUCUCUUCAGCUGCUCGUGUUGCCUACUCAGCGAUCAAUGGGACUGGAGCUCUCCAAAUGCUGAACACCAGCGAUCCCACUUCCAUCACUGUCUUUGCAAACCCGUGGCAAUUGUCUAGCGUCAAUCUCCAGCCCACGACACAAGGCUCAAGAUUGAUUUACAACACACUGGUCAUCAUCCUCAUCUUGAUCCAAGAGUUCUUCUACCUCGGAGUGAUCAACGGCCUGUACGCCCAAUUCAAAUUCUAUGUUCGUUUCCUUCCUCAUCGCAUCAUCCUGUACCGUGGCCUAGUUUCACUGGCAUACACUUUCUGUGGAUCACUAUGUGUGACUGGUGCAAUUUGGGCUUUUCGAGCUGGAUGGAAUGUGAAUGGGAAUCAAUUCGCCUUGAGUUGGGCGAUUCUCUGGCUUUUCGCUCAUGUGAAUUUUCUCUGGCUCGACGUCUUCUCUGUUUGGUUGCCCGUUCAAUUUCUUCCAAUGGCGCUGAUAACCUGGGUUGUCUUCAACGUUGCAUCGAUCCUUCUCCCAUUUGAGCUAUCGCCAGGUUUCUACAGAUGGGCCUUUGCGAUGCCUGCGCAUGAAGUCUACUUGACUCUCAUUGAUAUCUGGUCAGGAGGAUGCAAUCCCCAUUUGUCAUACGCGCUUCCAAUCAUGUUCAGUUUAGAAGUUCUAGGAUGGUUCUUGAGUGCAGUUGGAGUUUACCGUCGCUGUCAUUAUGCUGUCAUUGCUGAGACUGCAGCACAGAAUGCUUUCCAGGAACGAUUGAAUGCUGCAAUGGAAUUUGAGAGGAAGCAUGAUCAGGAGAUUCGAGAAGCGAUGGAGGGAAGUCAAGAGGUGAUAUCUGAAGCGAAGGAGAGAGAAAAAAUGGGCGAGGAGAUAGAGAAACAGGAGACUAAGAUGGCGAGGGACAAUCGGCGAGCAAGUGUAGCAUGCAAUUUCGGCCCGUCUUUCGAGUUGGUGGGAUCAAAGUCGAAUGCGUGAUCGAGGAUUUAAGGGCUGUCACACUGCAUUUUCAAGUAUUAAUAGAGUUACACAUUAUCUGAAUAAAAUUUAUAUGCUACCUAG